AUGGCCGACACAAGCCGGCUCUCGGCCGCCUACACUGGCGAGCGCCUGUGCUCCGUCAGCAGCACCUACUUGAGCAACCUCAACGACUUGCUCGCCACUCUCAAGAUGUGCUCCGUGCACUACAUCCGCUGCUUCAACCCCAACCAGGAGCGAAAGCCGGGGCUCUUCAACCGGAAGUAUGUCCUGGACCAGGUGAUUCAGUGCGGCACUGUCGAGCUGGUGCGAAUCAUGCACUACGGCUAUCCCCACCGCUGCAUCCUCCGGGACUUGCGGGCACGUUUCGAGAAGCUCUUGCCGCCUGAGUUUGCGCACUACUCGGACCGAAACUUCAUGCAUGCAGUGAUGCUUGCCUGGGACAUUGAUGAGAGCCAGUGGACCCUGGGGACGACACGCCUCUUUCUCAAGGCCGGCCAGCUGCGAGCCCUCGAGGACCUGCGCGACACCGGUGGUCAGGCCUCGCAAGCGGUGAUCCGGCGCAUCCGCAAGCAAUUCUCGCUGAAGAAGGCCCGUGCCUAUGCGCACGCGGUGGAGUUCAGCACCUACCUCUACAAGGUGAUGAAGGUGGGGAAGCGCGAGAAGAACCUGGCGAACUUGCGCAAGGCCAUCCGCAUAAUGGUGCAGCUCAACCGCUGGAAGAAUCGCGCCCUUCGAAAGGAUGUGGACGAGAACGAUUCCCUGUUCAGCCGUCCUUUGGGCAUCCCUUUCGA